AUGGAGGUGCGGGAGGCGAACAAGCGCGCGCGGCGCGAAGGCGGAAUGUGCUUCGCCUCGCCGCCGGCGCGAAAGUCGCUCGCGUUCGACGACACCGAAGACGCGAGCGAACGGUCGAAGAUCGUGACAACGAUUGCGUUCGAUACACCGAGAGCGGUGGCGCAGGCUGAGCGCGUUGAGGAGCGAGGGGAAGGGAGCGGGGCGUCGACGGCGACGCCGCUGUUGAAGCGAAAGGCGAGGACGGCUCGCGCGGAGGGCGUCGACGAGGUUUCGUUCUUGACGCCGUUCGCGCGAGCGCUGAGCGACGCGUCGAAUGGAAGAUGUGUGGAUGGAGGCCAGGGAGGGGCGGCGGCGAUGGCGGCGGCGGCGGCGAGCGCGAUGCCGUGCCGGCCGUUGGCGUCUCCGCCGCCGAUGGCAACGCUGGCGUCUCCGCCGGCGCCGCCGAGGAAGCUUGCGUUGGGACAGAACAUGUCGUACGGGUACACGCCGUCGAGAGGAGACACGCGGUACGACGCGAGUCAGCGAGUGGAUUACGAUGAGCCGGAAACGCCAGCGCUCGCGGGGUCAUGCGCGUUGAUUCCGAGCGCCCUGGACGCAGCGCUCGGUUUGCCCACGAUCGACGGCGCCACUCUGAGAGGUUUGAUGAGCUCACACGACGCGGAGCUCGUGGUGAUCGAUUGUCGAUUUCCGUAUGAAUAUUCGGGCGGUCGCGCGCGCGGGGCACUAAACUUUCAUCUUCCGCACGACGUCCAGAGGUUCCUCGCCUCGCGCGCGUCAAUCAGUGCGAACACAGUGUACGUUUUCUACUGCGAGUUCUCCAGCGAAAGAGCUCCCAGGAUGUGGCGACACGUGAGGAACUUGGAUCGACGCGACCAUAUCGCAAACUACCCGUCCCUAUCGUUUCCCCACACCUACGUGCUCGCUGGUGGAUUCUCGAAGUUCUACGAGCAGCACCCGGAUUGUUGCGAGGGGCAAAUGAUUAGCAUGUCUGACUCGCGUUUCACCAAUUUAUGUCGAGAGUACGUCACACGAAGCCGAGAGGUUUGGCACGUGGCCCAACGAGCAACGUCGCUUCGGCAUAUUCCAAGCGAUCAAGACUUGAUCGCCACUGCGCGCGCUUCGAACCGAGAGGUUCAACGCCGGGGAGCGAUCAACUUUGACGAAGUGGCCGACAUGGACAACGAAUGA